AAACUCUCCAGCAAUGUUCGCUAAACAAACGUUGCGCCGCAGUGCCUCUUCUGCCUACAAGCAGGGCGUGAGAAACAAGCAGACCUCCUCGUCCACUUCUGCCUUAGCCUACAAGACGUUACACCGUAACCAAAAGAGACCUCCCUUGCCCACUUUGGAGACUCCCAACUGGUCAGCUGACGCUGCUGUUUCUUCCAUCUUGUACGAAACACCCAUGCCAUCUAAAGCUCCCAGAAAGCAGCACGUCUUGAACUGCUUGGUUCAGAACGAACCUGGUGUGUUGAGUUCUGUGUCUGGAACUUUGGCUGCCAGAGGCUUCAAUAUUGACUCAUUGGUAGUGUGCAACACUGAGGUCAAGGACUUGUCCAGGAUGACGAUUGUCUUGGCUGGUCAAGAUGCUGUUGUCGAACAGGCCAGAAGACAGAUUGAGGACUUGGUUCCUGUUUACGCUGUUUUGGACUACACCAAUGCGGAGAUCAUCAAGAGAGAGUUGUUGUUGGCUAGAGUAUCGUUGUUGGGCCCAGAAUACUUCCAGGAGUUGAUAGCCACCCACAAGUUGCACAUCAGCGAUGGAUCGGCUGUGCCAGAUUUGUCUGCCACUGAUUCGGCUUACCAUCCUAACAACUUGGCUCCCUCUGAAGCAUUGAGACAAAAGCAUAUUCACUUGGACCAUAUCAACACAAUCACGGAGAAGUUCGGAGGUAAGAUCGUCGAUCUCUCCGACAGAAACGUCAUUGUCGAGUUGAGUGCCAAACCUUCUAGAAUCACCUCCUUCCUCCACUUGUUGCAACCAUUUGGUAUCUUGGAGCUUGCCAGAUCCGGUAUGAUGGCCUUGCCAAGAACCCCAUUAGACGCUGCCGUUGAAGAGGACGAACCCGUCGAAGCUGCUGACGUCGUCGAUGCCUCUCAAUUGCCUCCAGGUUAAACGUCUGUCUGAUCUACGAUCUACUGUACAUAUGUCUCGCGAUACUAGAGUGAUUCAGACAAUUAUACUUGAUUUGAGAGCUCAAUAUGCGUUCUCAGUGUAGCUUGAAUAAACGAAUAAG